CCACUCCCUCGUUCUCCUCCUCCCAUUCCUCCCACUCUCUUAUCCACAGUACACAACACCAGAUGCCAGCGUUGGGCAGGCAGGGCGAUGGCGAAGGCCUCCGGCGGUCGGAGCAGGUCGCCGGGCGUGGGGAUGGUGAGCGGCAUGGCUAGGCUCCAGCGACCGCGGGCGUCUCCUCCACCACAUCCCCACCAUUGACGGCCGGCCCCGAACUCCUUCGACGCCGCAUCCCUGCCAUGGACGGCCGGCCCCUCAAAUCCUCCGACGCCGCAUCCUUGCAGGUCAUCCAACGCUGCAUCCCUUGCCAUGGACGGUCGGCCCCAAACUCCUCCGCCUGGGACUUCGGGUAGGCGGGAUGGGCUCGAGGCCGUGGUUGUGGCGGGAGGAGAUCCGGUGGUGCCUCGGUGGUAGCGGCAGCGAGGGCGUGGCACUGGCUAUAUGGGGCGCUCCAUGCGGGAUCCUUCCCGAGAGCGAGGGGCUGCUUAGGCUCUUCGGCUGGUCCCGCCGCUCAUGGAGCCGCCCGCCUCCGAGUCCUUGGUGGCACACUCCCCCUGCAUCACUUUCGGCAGCGGCGGGGACGGCGGGUCGCUGCCUGCUGACGGUGAUGUGGCGUACCUCGAUGACGGGCCGACGAGGACCCGAGCCGCCAUGCCAUUCAAACCCUCUUCGGCUGCUCCGACCGCCUCGACCAAGCGGUCAUGGUCGCGACGGCCGCCGCCCAGGUGAUCGCGCUUGUCGUCUACAUCUAGCUCUUGAGCGUGGCCAUCAACUCGCUCUCAUGGUCACCAGCUAUCUGAACCAUCAAGCAGGAAAAAGGCCGGGCCCAGUUGGUGGGGGGGAUGCUGGAGGUGUGUAGCGGCAGGGAGCGUCGCUGGCGUGCGAGAUUUGAUGCGCAUGAAGGGCUGCAGCUGGGAGCGGCAGCAGCGGCGACUGCCCCUCCGGCCGAGCUGUUCAACGCCGCAGCGGGGGCCUACCUCAACGACGACGACGAACGGGCCAGUGCCAAGGGCAAGACCGACGUGCAGUACAUCAUCCUCGACAGGGUGAUGCAGCAGCCAUCAGCAGCAUCGUCAGGAGGGGCAUGCUGGAUGAGCUCAAGAAGACCCUGGUCAGGAGGAGCAUUCAGGUGUAAUGGGCUGCACCGAUUCAGACGACCGUGAGAGGGAGGCAAAUUUACUUUAUUGACCAUGACAAGUUUCAUUAAUUGACCAUGGCAAGUUUUAUUAACUGACCAUGGCAAAAUUUUAAGUUUUUUUCGACCAUGGCAAAUUUAGUUUGUUGACCAUGGCAAGUUUUAUUAAUCGGCCAUGGCAAAUUUCAAGUCCGACCAUGGCCAGUUUAGUAAUUGACCAUGGCGAAUUUAGUUUAUAGACCAUGGCAAGUUUUAUUAAUUGACCAUGGCAAGUUUUAAGUCCUUUUUCGACCAUGCAAAAUUUAGUAAUUGACCAUGGCAAAUUAUUUUUUGGUA